AUGACUCAAGUGACGCUUAUUUCGCUCGCCGUUUUCUGCGUUCUCUUCCCGACGACGUUGGCCGCGAUUCAGUGUUGGGUCGGUCAGGAGACCAUUUCGAACGGAAGACGCUUGGAUUCGGAGAUCGGAGGACCGUAUCAAUCGGGUGAGAUUUUGAGCAAACACUUAGCAAUAAAUUUGAAGGAUUUCUCCCUUUUGUUGAUUUUAUGCUAAUUUCUGACUCCUAAGGAUCUGUAACAGGUUUUCAAGUUGUUCUAACUGUCUGAAUUACGUCUAUGGGUCAUAUUCGUUCAGUUUCAAUUGACCGUUAGGCUGAUUCAAGUAUGGGGACGGAAGCUUAAAGGACAGACGCAUUGUUUUGUGAAACCCUUGUCAGGCACCUUCUCAAUCAUACUUUUCCUCGAAAACUGAAUCAAAAUUUGAAAAUCCCCCAAAUUUUCAGUGCAAUGCAACGACGCCGACUACUGCUUCAACAGCUACGUGAAACGACACAAAAAGGGCGACGACAGCUACACAAUCACGAAAAGUUGCGGAGAGACCGGAAAGUGCUUUGUGAGUCAGCGCAUUUUGUUGCAUAUUGGGAAACGGAAAGUGGAAACGAAUACGAACAAAGGUAGAAUCGAAAUGAGAAGGAGAACACGAAAAUUCCUGUAUCAAACAAUUUUUGAGCCCAAGAAGCUGGAAAUUGAUUCGUAUUUGAGCUCUAGACAAGACUUUCAUUGAAAAUGGCAUUACAGGAGGACGGGUGCCGCGGUCCAGGACACGAGAAAGUCUGCUGCUGCAGCGACAACAUGUGCAAUUCGAGCAACGGUCUGAAAUACCCGACCGCCGGCAUUCUCAUCAUCCUCUCACUCGUUUUCAGGCCCUAACUGA